UUAUAAUCAAUUUUUAUUCUAUUGAAUUUUUCGAAGUGAUGGGCAUGUUAGGUGAAGCAAUGACAUUCUCGAUAUUGAUAAUUAAGUUAGUUAUUUUUUGGUGUAAACAACGGACAUUUAGCAAGAUAUUGACGAUGAUGGCGAUUGAUUGGAAAAAGUCUCUCAACACGGAAUUCAGUAUGUUUGUGACAUCGAACGCCAAAUUGUCCCGACGUUUCGCUAACGUGACAGUGGCUCUUUAUUCGAUGGCUGUAAUAUUUCACAGUAGUAAUAUUGUGAAACACACAGAUGAGAAUAAAGUUUUCAAUACUUCUAUGCGACCUCUCGUUAUGAACAUGAAUCUACCAUUUGAUCUCAACCAAACAUAUGUAUACGUGUUAAUCAUAAUUAUUCAGUUUGUUCACUUAUUGUUAUGCUCUUGUGCAACUGGCCUUUUAAAUGCUUUAUUAAUAAAUUUGAUACUACACAUAGGUGGUCAAGUAGAUAUUCUUUGCGAAUGGUUGAUUGACAUUUUUCCAAUAAAAAAGAAGCACAGUCCGAAUCUCUUUGUGAUAAAAAAAAUAAUUAAGAAACAUCAACAAAUCAUUAAAUUUUCAGAACAUAUCGAAGAUUUGUAUUCGAAUAUCGCGUUGGCGUUAUUCAUAUCGGAUACUUUAAUUAUCUGUUGUUUGGGUUUUGUAAUGGUUACGUCAGUUGGAACGCCUGAUGCUAUAAAAAUUAUAAUGAGAACACUCUUAUUUUACUUCGUUAUGAAUAUGGAAGCGUUUGCGUUUUGUUUUGCUGGAGAAUAUUUAAGUACUAAGAGCAACAGUAUUGGAAAUGCUGCGUAUAAUUCAUUCUGGUACGAAUCAAAUUCCAAAAAUAAUCAAAUUACAUUGUUUUUGAUAAUGAGAUCACAAAAGCAAUUAGUCAUUACAAUUGGAAAAGUUAUGAAUUUGUCUUUGGAACGGUUUAGCAGUAUUAUAAAGGCUUCAGCCUCGUACAUUUCAGUACUACUUGCGAUGAAUUAAAGUGAAACAAAAUCUCAUAUCACAU